AUGCCGUCUAAACUCGGCACUGAGACUGCAGGGCAGAUACCACAGUACAGAAACUUGGUUGAGAACAUCGAUUGGAGCGACUUGAAGGGAUGGGCAGCGGGGAAUGUAAGGAUGUGGCAAGAUGUGGUUCUAUUCGGUAACUUUAUUUUCCUUUCGGCUGAAGUUGAUGAAGAGCUCAAGUUACUCACCAUAUGUGUUCUUCUACUGGGGCAAUGCGUCACUCGUGAUGGUGGAUUGACCUAUGGCUGCUACGCUUCUGUGGCCAAAGGAUUGGUUGUCUCACAGUGCUUGUCAUCCGCCCUCGUCUUCCAGAACAAUUCGGUCACGCCGUGCAUACAUUGUUCCCUUUUGGAUAUCACUGCUUUAGUUGAGGCUGUCGAAUCUGCUAAUCUAGAUCGGCUCGAGCUCUUGUUUGGCCUCAAGCCAAGCCUACCGAGAUUCGAGGACCGUGCCAGGCUCAAGUGUUCAAGUCGCCCCAAAGCUAGAUAUAGGCUAGAAGGUCUAGGACAUCCACACUUCGACUGUCUCAAGCACACCUGCAAUCUGGCCCUGACUGACUCGCAGGGAUGGAGCCAAUACCACAUUGCCACGCGCGCCCGAAAACCUCCUUACGGUUCGUUCCAACGGGCCGGAGAUAUGUGGCCGAUCCGUGAAGAUUAUAUCUCCACGUUUUCAGCUAUCUAG